UUUCGUACCGAUAGCACGCCUCGUUGACCAUUGACCGUUGAAUUGAGAUUUGAUCGGUUUUCGACGGAUUUCUUCUUUGGACCCGUUGUCCGCUGAAAGCCUGCUAUUCGUCAUUCGCACGAGCCGUGGUCGAAAUGUCUGACGAAAAUGAAAUGCUGCGGAAAAACUUGGAAGCCCAGUUGGAACGUCUUGUCCAACAGCUCUGCGACUUGGAAGAAUGCAGAAGUGAAAUGACCGAUGAUGAAUAUAAAGAAUCAAAAGAAGACACUGAAGAACAGUUAGUAGACUUUAAUGAAAGAUUAAGUAAAAUCACAACCGGUGAUAUAACUUUAAUAGACAAGUUAAGCAUUAUUAAUUUGGCAACUACUGCUGCAAUAGCAAAAGCAUUUCAAACACCAUUUAUUAUAAAAAUGUUUGCCAAAAACGAGCCCAAUGCACUUAAAGAUAAACGGAAUCAAAUUGAAAGAGAUAUGAAGUUGGGUAAAUUGAACCUAGAAAUUGGUAAUCGACAAAAGCUUGAAAUAUUAAUUGCGUUGAAACAUCUUGGUUGUGAAUUGACUGACAGUGACAAAAUAUUUAUCCGCGAAGAAACAAACAAACCCCAAAACAAUUUAUUGCCUAGUGGUUUUAAAUUAUUGGAAAAUGGAUUUGAUUUAAAUAUUUUUGAUACAUAAUUGCCAUCCUACGACAGAAAGUGGCAAUUUUCUUAUAGUUUUACUGUGAAGAUGUAUUAUUUAUUUGUUUGUUUUAAUUUAAA